AUGAAACCCUGCGAGGUGAAUAUGCGCAUCCUCGCGUCUCUUCUCGAGCCAGCAUUAGCAACAACAGCGGCGUCACCAGCCACGUCGCCCACUGCAACACUGCAGGUAUCGCCAGCCACGUUGCCGGACACAGGAGGAGAGCCAGCAGAAGCCACAAGAGAAGAGGCGUCUCCACCUGCGUCACCAUCCACAGUACCAGUUGAACGACCAGCUGCACCACAAGUGGCUGCACCAGCCGCGUCACCAGCCACAACAGGAGUUGCCAAGGAGGCCACAACACAACUGGAGUCUCCAACCGUAUUGCCAUCCACAACACAACUUGAACCAGCAGCUGCUACACACAUGGCAUCUCCCGCCACGUCCCCAUCUACAACACACGUCUCAUCAGACAUGACACAAAUGACGUCGGCACCUACAAUUGAAUUGGCGUUGCCACCCACAACAAGAGCAAUUCUUCGAGCCUCAUCGCCAGUCCUGCUGCCCGAUUCAGCACACGCUGUGCCACCAGUCCUGCUGCCAGAUUCAGCACACACAGUGUCACCAGUCCUGCUGCUGGAUACAACACACAUCCUGUCACCAGUCCUGCUGCCAGAUUCAGCACACACAGUGUCACCCGUCCUGCUGCCAGAUUCAGCACAUGCAGUGCCACCAGUCCUGCUGCCCGAUUCAGCACACGCUGUGCCACCAGUCCUGCUGCCAGAUUCAGCACACACAGUGUCACCAGUCCUGCUGCUGGAUACAACACACAUCCUGUCACCAGUCCUGCUGCCAGAUUCAGCACACACAGUGUCACCCGUCCUGCUGCCAGAUUCAGCACAUGCAGUGCCACCAGUCCUGCUGCCCGAUUCAGCACACGCUGUGCAACCAGUCCUGCUGCCAGAUUCAGCACACGCUGUGCCACCAGUCCUGCUGCCAGAUACAACACGCGUUCUGUCACCAGUCCUGCUGCCAGCUACAACAUGA